UUACAGUAGAUCUGGAUUCAUGGAUGAUGUACUGGGGAGUCUAGCUGAAAUUUCAUUUACACGAAGAGCUUUAUUUUAUCAAGGAUCACGUACAUUCUCUUUCAGUUGGUGUUUCCCAUGCUAGUUGGACCAGAACAUCAAAAAGGUUUUGGGAGAAGAUUUUUCAUGCUGGACACUUGUCUAUGCGGUUCUUUCUUGGAUGUUUGUUAAUGGGCUUUUAUGUCAUGCUUUCAUUCUCUGAGAUUCUCGAUGGUUACCUAGUGCCGUUUGAUUAUCACUCUAUGGUAUAGCAUUCGGGAAAUUUCUGUUAGGACUUCUAUUUUCUCUUGUCUCUUUGCCGUUCUUGACUUGACUUUUCCUCCAAUGAUAAUCAGAAAUGCUGCAUCCCUUAUGUUUUGACCUCUUUUGUUAUGGUGCGCAUGCGCGAAUUUUGACUUUGAUAUGUAAUUUGGGUGAGAUACAUUCAUGGUUGUCCCAAGUAUAGAAACCUAGUUCUGAUGCAUCAUCAUUCUUGAUGCUGCAACUCAUGUGAAGCAGUUAAAGCUGUCUCUUUCUGCAUGGAAAUGGAUCCUUUUACCAUGGUAGUGCUGUUCGAGUUGAGGUUCCAGCUUUUCAUCCUUGCAUUUACUCCUCAUCUUUGAACUGCAUUCAGCUUCUUGCUUAUUACCGAUAACAAGAUUGCUGUUGGUGGACUUAUCCAUUCAGUGUUCAGGAUAAUUUUUCAGACCAUGGACAUGGCUCGUUAACAUUGAUUAAAUCGCACACUGCAUCCUGCAUUCCAGCAUAUGUAGGUCACCCUGUUCGUGGGCUUUGUUUGUUUGUAAAUCCCUUGCAUUUACUUGUGUCUGUUGGAAGCCUCAGGAGUCCUAAAUUGUAUUUAUUGCUUUGAUGUAUCGGAACUGCAUUCUGCAUGGAAGAGGACAGAUUCAGUGCCUUCUUGGCAAUACAGAAUUGGGUGCCUUGUAGCUUGCCAGUGACUGUUUUGUUAAUCUAAAAUCUGCCUUUAACAGUUAGUAGCAGAGCUGUCUAUUCUUGGAAACUGGAAAUGCUUAUAUGUGGAUCUUUUCAGACCUGCACAUUGAAUAUAUGUAGUUUUUAGCUGCUGGAGUUGUUUCCCCUCUCUCUGUCUCUCUCUCCUCGUUUUCACCGCUCUUUAUCCGCUUUGUAACUCCUAUGGAAGGAAUGGACAUAGGCCACCUGCUAGCACAAGCACUGAAAGUUUUCAACAUUAAAGCACGUGACAGUAGUCCUGGUUCUCUGGUUUAUAAGGUUUCACCUGAGUGGACCUGGACAAAUCCACGACUGCAUAAUUGACUAUUUGAAUCAAGUUUAAGAAGUCCUGCUGUUUGUCCAUUCAUUGCGUGGCAGAUGCGUUGGCAAAAAAAUGUUGUUUCUUGAUUGCAUGGUUGAGUUGAUUCUUUUGUCAGCUUGCCAGCGGAAUGAUGAGCUACUGAAGAAGGAUCCAGAAUGAUGGAAAUGGUCAUGUCCAUUCUGUAUUGGUGAAGGAUUGAUUAGUUUGAGAUGUUUCAUAGUGGAUAAUUUGGUUUUAUGAGAGCCAUUAGACUGAUAUGAUGUUUAAAUUAUAUUUUGGGAUUUUAUUUUAGUGAGAUUUGAUGACCUAGGCUGGAACACGAUCAUAUUCAGUAGAAUACUUGCAGGGAUAACCAUCUUUAGUGGGAUGUUUGAUGAAGAUUGAUCCAUUCAAGUUUAUGGAAGGUAUGCGAUGGUUAUUAUGGAACCCUUAUCUUGGAUUCUGUGGAACAUAGUGGUCAGAGGUCUACUUGCUAGAUAUCAGUUACUGUUUUGAAGAUUCUUCUGUUUUCCUUAAGAACUCUUUGCAAAAUCAAACAUUUGGGAUCCCUUACCAUUCCAUAUAACAAAGUGAAAGUGAUGUUGGAAAGAGAUACAGGCCGUCCACGUGGAUUUGGAUUUAUUACAUUUGCAGAUCGUCGAGCCAUGGACGAUGCUAUUAGGGAGAUGCAUGGGCGGGACUUUGGUGACCGUGUCAUCUCAGUGAACAAGGCCCAACCUAAAAUAGGAGGAGAUGAUUCAGACCAUGGCUACAGGGGAGGCUACUCAACUGGAAGCAGGGGAGGCUAUGGGGGAGGAGACAGACCUGCUGGACAAGAUGAGUGCUUCAAGUGUGGGCGUUCAGGGCAUUGGGCUAGAGAUUGCCCUUCAGCUGGUGGCCGAGGUGGUGGUGGAGGUUUAAUCUCUUCGCGUUCUAGGUUUGGAGGGGCUGGAGACCGUGGGGAUCGUUUUGGAGGAGAUCGUGAUCGAUACAUAGAUGACCGCUAUGAUGGGGGACGCUAUGGUGAUAAGGAUCGUUUUGACAGUAGAGACAACAAGUAUGGGGGCCGUGAUCGUUAUGCUAGCGACAGGUACCCACCAAAUGGAGAUCGAUUUUCUGGGGAUAGGUAUGGUGGGUCAGAUCGCUAUGCACAAAAUGGUUAUGGCAAAGACAAAGGCUAUGAUAGGGAUGUUGGUCCACGAGGGGGCAAUGAUAGGUAUGGAAGUGGAGGGCCUCAACGCAAUGAUAGGAGCAGCUACAGAAACAGGCCAGCACCUUAUGACCGCCCCAGCAGAGGUGGACACCCGUCUUCUUUUGAGCGCUACUAAUUGUUUGCUUGUGGUCAGUGUUAUCAAACUUGUAGAUCUAUGCUGUAUUUUACGUAAUCAGUUUGAACAAUCUGUGAUGUAGGAUGGAUGGUCUGUCUUUAAUUUUCAAUCUGUCAAGUCUUGUGUAGGAUGACGCAAUUGUUAAAAUAGUUGCAUUCAGAUCUGAUUUUUUGGUUGGCUUCCAUUUUUAACUUAAUCGAAACCGAAUGAGUGCAUUUGCAAACUA